CAUAGGGAGCGCCUACACAACGUGCGUUCAGCCUUGGCUCCGAGGUGCUAUUCCAAAUCUACCUGGCUCACGAUCAGGCCGGAGCCGGCAGGAAUGCUAUGGAAAAAACCUGUCCGCCUGAUAAGAUAGAGCCUGGGAUCGCCGUGCCUGUGCCGAAAAGUUUGCAGCCGACUUUGGAGGAAGAGGAGGAGGAGGAGGAGAAGGAGGAGGCGGCCACAGAGGAGGGGUGCAGGAGUGUGCAGCUGUGCACGGCCAGCAGUGUGCAGAGCCAGUGACAGAGCAGGGGAGAGGAGCUGGACAUCGAGACCCAGAGGGACCGCAGGAGACCAGAGAAAGCUCAACAUGCUGUCCAUUGCUACCACCAUCCUCCGCCACGGGGCCGUGAGAUGCCGUUGUGGCCAGCGCGCCAUGGCAACGGUUAUCUCUGGCAACAAGACGUCACAGCUGGUGAGGGAGAGGCUGAAGACAGACGUGGCUGAGAUGAGGAGCCAUUUCCCAGGCUUCAGGCCAGGCUUGGUCGUGCUCCAGGUGGGUGACAGGGACGACUCCAAUCUGUACAUCAGUAUGAAGCUGAAGGCUGCAGCAGAGAUUGGAAUCAAUGCCAACCACAUCCGGCUGCCAAGCUCUGCCACAGAAGAAGAGGUGUUGCGAAGCAUUGUGUCCGUUAAUGAGAACCCUGCAGUGCACGGCCUGAUUGUGCAGUUACCUCUGGAUUCAGUCAACCCCAUCGACACAGAGAAGGUGACCAACGCAGUGGCUCCAGAGAAGGAUGUUGAUGGCCUCUCUAGCAUCAACGCCGGGAAGCUCUCCCGUGGGGACCUGGGCGACUGUUUCAUUCCCUGCACACCAAACGGCUGCAUGGAGCUCAUCGCCCAGGCAGGUGUGUCUGUGGCCGGGAAGAACGCGGUCGUGAUCGGGCGGAGCAAGAUCGUGGGGGCCCCCAUGCAUGACCUCCUGCUGUGGAGCCACGCAACAGUCACCACCUGUCACUCAAAGACCCAGGAUCUGGCAGCACAGGUGGGCCGUGCGGACAUCCUGGUGGUGGGAGCGGGGAAGGCGGAGAUGGUGAAGGGGGACUGGGUGAAGGAGGGGGCCGUGGUCAUCGACUGCGGGAUCAAUCACAUUCCAGACAGCAGUAAGCCCAGUGGCAAACGUGUGGUCGGGGACGUCCACUACCCCUCCGCUAAGGAGCGGGCAGGGUUCAUCACCCCAGUGCCCGGCGGCGUGGGGCCAAUGACAGUAGCCAUGCUGAUGGAGAACACCGUUCAGAGUGCCAAGCGGUUCCUGAAGUCAUAUCGUCCAGGGAAGUGGAACAUCACAUACACCAACCUAAGACCGGUGCGUCCAAAGCCAAGUGAUGCUGCAAUCUCCCAGGCGUGUGCUACCAAGCCUGUCAUGAAGCUCGCCAGGGAGGUGGGCCUGUUCUCGGAGGAAGUGGAGCCUCACGGACGCCACAGGGCCAAGGUCCAGCUGGACGUCCUGACGCGCAUGAGAGCACAGCCUGAUGGGAAAUAUGUGGUGGUCACAGGAGUCACACCUACUCCACUGGGAGAAGGCAAGACCACAACCACCCUUGGACUAGCUCAAGCACUGGGGGCACACCUCAAUGUAAACAGCAUUGCUUGUAUACGCCAACCAACUGCAGGGGCUACAUUUAGCGUCAAAGGGGGUGCUGUUGGAGGAGGAUAUGCCCAAAUUCUUCCAUUAGAGGAGGCCAGUCUGCACCUGACCAGCGACACUCAAGCAGUCUCCACGGCCACUAGUCUGGUGGUGGAUGCCAUCACCUCUCGGAUGCAUUGUGAAUCUCAGCAAAGCCACAAGACUCUGUUUGAUCUUUUGGUCCCUCUUCGUGACGGUCAGAGAGAAUUUUCCACACCUCAGCUGAAGAGGAUGGAGAAACUUGGAAUUGACAAAAUGGACCCUCUGACACUAACUGACAAGGAGAUAAGACAAUUUGUGAAACUGGACAUCGAUCCUUUCAAAGCGUCUGUGGACAAGCUCAGCCACUCCAUAGGGAAUGAAAUCAUGGCCAUCUUGGCCUUAAGCACAAGCAUACAGGACUUGCAGGAGCGUCUGGCUAAGAUGGUGGUAACCAGCGACUGCUCUGGAGAACCUGUCACCACGGAAGACCUGGGUGUUACGGGUGUGCUGACGGUCCUUCUCAGAGAUGCAUUGAAGCCCUGCCUGAUGCAGACAGUGGAGGGGAGUCCAGUGUUUAUUCACACCAGCCCAUCUGCUGACAUCGCCCAUGGCAACUCGUCCAUCCUGGCCGACAAAAUGGCCUUGAAACUGGUGGGGCCCGCAGGCUUCGUGGUGACUGAAGCCGGCUGUGGUGCAGAAAUCGGUCUGGAGAAGUUCUUCAACAUUAAGUGCCGAUACUCUGGGCUGCAGCCCGAUGUGACGGUGAUGGUGGCCACUGUCCGCGCUCUCAAGAUGCAUGGAGGAGAUCAGAAGAAUGUGAACCAACUGGAGUUUGGCUGUAGCCAUUUAAGAAGACAGAUUGAAAAUGCAAGAGCGUAUGGAUUACCAGUGGUGGUAGCCAUCAAUACGUUUUGCUCUGACACAGAGGAAGAGUUAGAGAUGGUCUCUGCUCAGGCCAGGCUAGCUGGGGCUUUUGAUGUGGUGCACUGCACUCAUUGGGCUGAGGGGGGCGCUGGCGCAGUGGCUCUGGGAAAGGCUGUGCAGAGAGCUGCAGAGGUCCCCCAUCCAUUCAAGUACCUCUACCCCCUGGAGAUGUCCAUUGAAGAGAAGAUCCGUACGGUGGCCCAGAGGAUGUAUGGAGCCAAAGACAUACAGCUCUCAGCACAAGCACUGGACAAGAUCCGACUGUACACGAAACAGGGCUUGGCAAAAUUGCCAGUCUGUGUGGCCAAGACUCAUCCGCCACUGAGCCCUGAGCAGGGGGGGGCGGGAGAGCCCCGAGACUUCACCCUGCCCAUCGUGGACAUCCAGGCUAGCGUGGGAGCCGGGUUCCUGUGUCCAGUGGUCGACGCUACGGCUCCAUCGCACAGACCAAUAUGGCCCUGUUACCAUGACAAUGACCUCUAUUCAGUCAAGCAAUAGGUUCAGACCCCAAGGUUUGGUCAGCCAUUGAGGCACAGCUCCCCUGGCACCUGGCUCGUGAAGAGAAUGGAUGUCUCCACUCUUCCAUCUGUCCCUUGAUUGAUUCCGUAUAAAGCACAGACCUUAUAGACAAGCAUGGCUCAUGCUUUUUGAAGACUGGAAGACCGCCACAGACACAAAUGCUUGCAAACACAUCCAGUGCGCUUUGUGUGUCAAAAUCCUCCACAAACUCAUUUUCUUGAACUCCCGACCGAGGGAGAUGUCUAGAAAGAAAACACGAACCACCCCAUUCAUUUGGAAAAUGAACAGUGGUUCUGCUGUUCAAUUUAGUUUCCACUUGAGUGAGUGUGUUUAUUUCAGCGGUACCUGCUGCUCCACUUAGCCUGUUGUCAUCACACGCUGGAAUUGACUGACUGACUGUCCCUCAGUGGCACCAGUCUCAGAAUAGCAACAGCACUUCUCUGGGAUCAGGAUCCGCCAUUGUGGAUCAAGCUGCUCCGAUGGAUUACACUGCUUGUCUGCGGUUUCAAAAGGAACUGAUAGUUGCUUAAGUCCUAAUACUGUGUUUACCCUGGGAUAAGAGGAAACUGAUUGCUAUGAAGGAAUCCAUUUUGGAACAUGUCAUGUUCCUGUCACCGGAGGACAGCAACAACAAAAAAGAGCAUUUACUGUAGCUAACGAGUCUGUUCUUUGAACAUUAGCUCAAACAAAACAUAGCUUGCUGUGAUGUAUGAAGCCCUGUUUAUGUGAUAUCGACAAAGGUGAACGUAAUAAAGUCAUAAACUCUGAUAAAACACUUGAUAUUUGUAAGGUUUCUCUAGUUAAUCUAAAUUAUGCAAGGUUUUUGCGUGAUGUGUACUUUUUGAGAAGAUAGAAUUAUGACUGUACAAAAUUAAGCUAUAUUCUUUUCAUUUGUAUCCAGCUUGUAUCCUGGCUGAUACACAUAUUCAUUCUCUCUCUCUCUCUCUCUCUCUCUCUCUCUCUCUCUCUCACACACACACACACACACACACACACACACACACACACACACACACACACACACACAAACACAAACACACACUUUGGAGUGUGAUUGUGUAUCUUUUUCCCUCAAAGUUAAUCUCUAGGUGACCUUUGAUUACCAAAAAAUAUAUAAUUAAAUGAUUGCUGUUGCUAUGGUUACAAAGCAAAAGGUGUGAUUGUAUUAUUAGAUUCUGGCUAAUUAGUGUCAGUGUUUAUUUUAAGAAUGCUUUCAUGUACAGACUGAGACCAAAUGCACAGCACAUGAUGAGCUUAAAGACCUUGGGGCCUCACACAUGUGACAGCAAUGACAUGACAUGAUCAUAAUGGAAAUGCAGUGUGUAUUUGUACUGUGAUGCAUCGACCGAAAGAGAGAGAGAGAGAGAGAGACCCAGGUGUUAUGUCUGGUCACAAACUGCUCUUAAUAAUGUGCCUUAUGCAUGGAGGGCUCUUUUGCCAGCCCAUACUGUACAUAUCCGGUGAAGCGCCAGCUGUGUUGUAACGGCAUCUUGUUUCCACCCCGACACUGAAUAUCUUGUUUAUGCCCAAUAGGGCAACUCUUUAUAAAACUUUGACACAAUCAUGCAUAAGUUCUCUACUAUAACAUUCUCAUUCAUUAGGUGGAACACCCAACAGGGUCCAUGUAGCCAGGUAUACUUGCCAUUAAAAACAGCCGCUACAGCACACCUGAGGCUCCAACGGAAAUAAACGAGCGGGCUAAAGAGCCUUCCAUGCAAAAACUGAAUCAGUCUGAAGUGGUCUGUCUUGUGCCUUAUUGCAGCAAUGCAUCACAAGUUGCUUUUAUAGAUGUGCUUUAAUAAAACCGAAGUAGACUUACUACAUUGCUAGCAUUUUUAACUUUUUUAUGUUUUUGGCCUUGUGUAAUGACAUUUUUUUUUGCAACUUCCUAAAGACAUGGGGGUUUUUUUUCGUAUGAAAAUUCAUAAAGAUUUACAGACACAAUAGUUACAGUAGAUGACUGUGAAAAGAUACACUUUAUGAAGACAUAUUCCAAAAUAAAUGUGCUUAAUUUGUUCCAGA